GCAGACCUGGGCUAGCAGGCCCCAGGGAGAAUUCCAAUGGUGUCUGUGUCAGCACGCCCACACCAGGCCACAACAAUGGCCGCCGCCAAUGUCCUAGUCCCUUGAGAGGUCUCACCUCUCACCGAGAUGCACUCAGGGCCUAUCAGGUUGUUUCCAUAUCUUGGCUAUUGUGAAUAAUGCUUCAAUGAACAUGGAAGUGCAGAUAUCUCUUUGAGAGACUUCAUUUCCUUUGGAUAUAUACCCAGGAGUUGGAUUGCUGGAUCAUAUGGAUGCAGAUCUAUGGCCGUAAGAAGGAACAAUACAAUUGUCACAAAAUUCAUCCUCCUGGGAUUUUCGGAUCAGCCUCAAAUGACUAUUUUCUAUUUUGUGUCAUUUCUGGGGAUUUACCUCCUGACCCUAGCCUGGAACAUGAGCCUCAUCGUCCUCAUCAGGAUGGACUCCCACCUGCACACGCCGAUGUACUUCUUCCUCAGUAACCUGUCCUUCCUAGAUAUCUGCUAUGUGUCCUCCACAACUCCCAAGAUGCUCUCUGACAUUAUCACAGAACAGAAAACCAUUUCCUUUGUUGGCUGUGCCGUGCAGUACUUUGUCUUCUGUGGAAUGGGGCUGACUGAAUGCUUUCUUUUGGCAGCCAUGGCAUAUGAUCGGUAUGCUGCAAUCUGUAACCCAUUGCUCUACACAGCCCUCAUUUCCCAUACACUUUGUUUAAAGAUGGUGGCUGGGGCCUAUGUGGGUGGAUUUCUUAGUUCUUUGAUUGAAACAUACUCUGUCUAUCAGCAUGAUUUCUGCGGGCCCAACACAAUCAACCACUUCUUCUGUGACCUUCCUCCAGUCCUGGUUCUGUCAUGCUCUGAUACCUUCACCAGCCAGGUGGUGAACUUCAUUGUAGGUGUUGUUGUUGGAGUGGUAUCUGUCCUUGUGGUCCUCAUCUCUUAUGGUUACAUUGUUGCUGCUGUCCUGAAGAUCAGCUCAGGUAAAGGUAGGACCAAGGCCUUCAGCACCUGUGUCUCUCACCUGACUGCUGUGACCCUCUUCUAUGGUUCUGGUCUCUUCAUGUACAUGCGACCUAGUUCCAGCUACUCCCUAAACCGGGACAAGGUGGUGUCCAUAUUCUAUGCUGUGGUGAUCCCUAUGGUGAAUCCCAUCAUCUAUAGUCUUAGGAAUAAGGAGAUUAAAAGUGCCAUGAGGAAAUCUGUGGAAAGGCAUUAUUUGCUUUCUCAUGGGCAUUCAUUUUUCUGACCCCGAGCUAAUGUUUACAAUGAAGCUGUGAGCAGGGUCAAUUAUGCUGACUUUCAUGUAAUUCUGGUCUAGUUGAUCAACACAAUGAUUUGUGUUGAGCAGGCUUUUUUUUCUUUUCUACUUUUCCAAUAUUCCCCUAACCAGUCUACCGAUUGGUUAUUGGAAAACAGUUUGGUUAUUAUUGGUUUCUAGAAUGAAUAACAUUGUAUAGAUUGAGAUUAUAAAUGUUCAAUUUACCAAAGAACUUCACCAUGACAAAGACUGAGCAAUCUGAAACGUCAAAACAGAGUUGGUGUCCGUAGGAGGAAAACAUUGAAAAAAUGUUAGUCCAGCAUUCAGGGUGGUGAUUCUUAAGGUAGGAUAGGAAUAUACAGCAUAAUAACCUGGGGAUGGGGACACUUUUUCUGAAAACAAUUGCCUUUCUCUCUUACGAGGUUCUAACAUGUUUCCUUUAGGGCACAUGAGCACCACAAGGCAGACACACUCCCCUAUUGAGAAUCAUGGCUAUUGUGAACCACUGUGACUGGUCGGUGUGUAGCACUGACUCUUUAGAUGUAUUAAGGCAGGAAAGAGAUUGAAAACUUCUGAUUAGGGCCUUAAUGUCUGAACAAAGGGGAAGACCUCAUGGCUAACUCAAUCAACGAUACAAAAAGUGGUCACUGAAAUGAUUUGAACAAAACCAAGGAAUUAUCAUUAGAGUCCAAAGUAACAGCUUUCUAAGCAACACUCAAAUUUUCUUAGGAAUCUGCAGAAGAGGAGUACCCUUCCCCUCAGUUUUCACCAAUUUUGUGAUAAGUUCUAGAAAAUAAUUUAGCCAAGAAAUUGAAGAGAGUGAUUUUUCUCCUCUACAUUUUCUCAGAACUUGUUAUAUAUCCUUCAACUGGCAGUAAAAACUGGAAUAAAUUUAUUCAGCUGUGACCUCUCUUGGGUAGGCAGUAAAUAAGUGAGUAAAUAGGUAUCUACCUGUUUGUCCUUGGGCAAGAUAUUUGGGCUCUGUGUGCCUUAGUUCCUCACCCAUAAAGUAAAAAUAUUAAUAGUAAUUAUCUCAUAGAUGUAUUGUGAAGAAUUAAAUGAGUCAGUAUAAAUAAACACUUAGAAUCAUGUCUGAUGUAUAGAAAAUGCUCAAGGGGUGAUAUUGUUAUUAUUAUUAUUAUGCUAUAAUGAUUUACUACCAUCUGAGCUAAAGAAAUAGAAGACAUUUCCUUAGUUUGAUAGGAAAUGUGAUCUUUGUAAUGACUUUGAUGCAUUAGAAAGUGGGCCUGCAGAGAGUACAGUGAGAAGUUGUUAAGAGUAUUUAAGUAUUCUUGUCAUCAGGCCUGUGAUUAUUAAUCUCAUCUCUGCCAUUUUGCAGGUAUCUUUAUAACCAUUUUUUCCUCCACCUUUAUCUGUACUCCAGUUCACUGAGCUCCUAUCCUUCAAUUUAUCUUUGUAGCUAAUCUAAAAUUCUCCUAAUGCCAAAAGUCAUUAGAACAAUAAUAAAAAAAUAAAUAAACACCUCAUGAUCUGGAUUUACAUGAAGCUGUCACUAGUGUGAUAUUACCUCUAACUUUUUUUUAAUGAACAAAAAUUCUGAAUAUAAAUCUCUCUUGU